UUGAUGGGUUCAGCCAUGCAUGCUCACAGAAUGUGACAGCAGAGAUGGAUGAAGAGGAGAACCAGGGCUGUAUGGAAUCCAAACCUGAACAUUAAGACACAUCUGCCACCUACCACCACCUUUUGUUUUUAGUUUUUACCCCACCCCCAUCUUUUGGCUGUUACCAAAUGCCCAGAGGAGGAGAUCUAUGAGUAAAGGUGGCUGGCUGCGGUCAGAAUUGUUUGGCUAAAAAUCCGAAACAAUGGGUGACUGGAGUUUUUUGGGAAGACUAUUAGAAAAUGCACAAGAACACUCCACAGUCAUUGGCAAAGUUUGGUUGACAGUUCUCUUCAUCUUCCGUAUCUUGGUAUUAGGAGCUGCAGCUGAAGAGGUUUGGGGAGAUGAACAGUCUGACUUUACUUGCAACACCCAGCAACCAGGUUGCGAAAAUGUGUGCUAUGAUAAAGCCUUCCCCAUUUCACACAUUAGGUUCUGGGUGCUCCAAAUUAUUUUUGUGUCCACUCCCACCCUCAUCUACCUGGGCCAUGUCCUGCAUAUUGUGCGAAUGGAAGAAAAGAAAAAAGAGAAAGAAGAAGAACUAAAGAAAUGUAUUAAAGGUAAUGAUGAGAAGGAACUUCUACUCAGAAAAGGAGUGGAGAAGAAGGAAAAGCCCCCCAUAAGAGAUGAAAGGGGGAAAAUCAGGAUAGGUGGUGCCCUCCUUCGCACUUAUGUCUUCAACAUCAUUUUCAAAACUCUGUUUGAGAUUGGCUUUAUUGUAGGACAGUAUUUUCUGUAUGGUUUUGAGCUAAAGCCCCUGUACAGGUGCAAUCGUUGGCCUUGUCCCAACACUGUGGACUGCUUCAUUUCAAGGCCGACUGAAAAGACCAUUUUUAUCAUAUUUAUGCUUGUAGUGGCUUGCGUGUCUCUUUUGCUGAAUAUGUUAGAGAUAUAUCACUUGGGGUGGAAAAAGCUCAAACAGGGCAUGACUAACAGGUACAUCCCUGACCCGUCUUGCAAUAAAGCAGAGCCUCCUGGUCUGCUGCCACGAACUGCGCCACCCAACAUGACUUUCCCACCUUACUACACUGAUGCAGCUGCUUCUCCACCAAUCAUGCAACAUGGAUAUGCAAGAUCCUCUCUCACUGAAUUCAAGAUGCCAUCACUAGCAGAGGAGCCUCUAGAGCCAUCCUACUUUGGAAGGCCUCAUGACCACAACUCAUUAGCAGCGGAGCAGAACUGGGCCAAUCUAACAGUGGAGCGUGAACGGAAACCUGGUUCAAGCAGUGCUAGUGCAUGCAGUGCCAGCACGUCUGCCCCAAGCAGUGUGAGAAAUGAGGGGGGAGGGGAAGAAGAGGCAACAGGUUUGGCAGGGACCGGAAGUCGCACCAGGGCAGAUGUUGAAGACAGGCCAGCAACCACGACAGUGGAAAUGCAUCAGCCACCUGUGCUGAUAGAUACGAGAAGGCUCAGUAGAGCCAGCAAGUCCAGCAGUAGCAGAGCAAGGUCAGAUGACUUAGCUGUCUAGCAGUGAAGCAGGGCACAAUAAAGAAAUAAGUCUCUAAGUCAGCGCAGAGUUCGCUGUUUAUGCAAUAAAUUAAAAAUCAAAAGAUAUCACACUCCUUUGGUCCAUUGAGUGCCAGUAAGACCUGUUUCAUACGUCUCUGGCACUGAAUGGGUUUAAAUGAGUCAUUAAUAAAUAUCCUAUGAGUCUACUCAUAAGAGUGGCAGUAUGAUGGAGAUGGAGAGGAAGGAUACUGUUAUUUUAGUCUCGGAAUUCCAAGCUUGCUGUUACUGCACACUGUGAGUUGUAGUGAGCAAUGUGUCCUUUUUUAGUUUUUAAAUGAAUUGAGAUUUUCUGAGUGGAUGGUGUAUGUUUCACACUUUUGAACUUCUUUGAAGCAAUUCAUUUAGUACCAAAAGUACAUACAAGGAAGAUCAUAUUUCAACAGAGUCCCUAAUAACAGCACUUUCAUGGUAUCAAGGAGGAAACAACAAAAAGAACGGAAGACAAUCCAGAGAUAGCUACGUAUUAAAUCAAAGAGCCCUGAACAGCUGAAGUGAUCUACAUAUUAUGAUUUUGUAUCAAGCCGACUUGAGGCAGUCAUUUACAAUUGGUCAUUAGCACUGUUAUUUCCCUUCUAAAAUAUAAAUACUGCUUAACAAGGCUUUGAUACAAAGGCAAAAUAUUCAGGAAAGGUUAAAUAUGGUUUCAUUGUUAGCCGGAUAACUUGUCCCCAUACAAACUAACAACUAGCUAUAAUGUGUUUUCUUUAAAUAAUACCUAUUGUCAUUCAUGUUGUCACUUAUUUGUGUACAAUUUGUGUCACGGCACAUUCAUAUAUACAAGAAACUGAUGAAAUUAGACAAUUAGACAUAUGACAAUAUUCACACCGUAUACACACAAGUCAGAGGUGUAUUGUGAGCGUUUAAUGUCCAAUCAUAAAAAUGCUUUAGCAGAUUAUGUCUGUUUCUUCAGUAAGUAAAAUUAAGUAUAUUCCAUUUUAUUUUAUGGUUUAUUCAGGAAAAAAAGGACAAUGU